AUGGCAUAUGACCGGUACAUUGCCAUGUGCAAGCCACUGCAUUAUGAGAUAAUUAUGAACAAGAGAGCUUGUGUCCAGAUGGCUGCCUGUGCUUGGACUGCUGGUGUCAUCAACUCUGCAAUGCACACUGGGAACACCUUUAGUCUCCCCUUCUGCCACUCAAAUAUAAUCAACCAGUUCUUCUGUGAAGUGCCCCAGCUACUCAAGCUCUCCUGCUCUGACACAUACCUCAGAGAGCUGACAGCUCUUGCCUUCUGUGCGUGUUUAGCUCUAGGCUGUUUUGUUUUCAUCGUUGUGUCGUAUGUUCAGAUCUUCACCGCAGUGUGGAGGAUCCCCUCUGAGCAGGGCCAUCAGAAAGUCUUCUCCACCUGUGUUCCUCACCUUAUUGUGGUCUCCCUGUUUCUUUCCACUGCUGUCAUUGCCAACAUGAAGCCCAUUCAUGACUCCCCAUCCCCUCUGGAUCUCCUGGCAGCUGUUCUGUAUUCUGUGACGCCUCCACUGAUGAAUCCAGUCAUCUACAGCAUGAGGAACAAGGAGAUCUAA